GUCUACACCUCAAUUCUCAUUCUGCCAUUUACCAAGUCGAAUCCUGCCUAGGCAACUUCCAGUUUGCCUUUAAUUUUCGUAAUUAGCCUGCGAAUCACUUUUUUUACAGCGUAGAACCCCAAAUCUGUCCAUUUCCUGACUACCUUAAUGAGGAUUCCCUUUUUCUAUUACCAUUUCUAAAGAAUCAUAAUUUGCAUUUUAACUUUAGAUGUUACUGUCUUUUUUAGUGGAGUAAUAUCCAUUGGGACAUCUGAUGCAGGUUAUCUCAGUCGGAGGGGAGGAAGAUGAAAUUUUAUGGGUUUGGUUAGGUGAAAAAAAUUAGGUGAUGAUAGUCGAAUGCAUGUGGGAUGGGAUAGCAUUGAGCCAGAAUUUUAAGUAAAUUAUAAGACAUGAUAAUUUACUGGGUUAGAAAUAAAUUAUAAGACAUAUAUAUUAAGUAAAACUUUUUAGCACAAAACAUAAUUUGAGCAAAAAUUAUUAGGUUUAGCAAAACCCCUAAUUAAUAAUCUAGCUCUGCCCUUGGUCAUGGGGAUAUUGAGGAGACUGGGGAGAGGGGACGAUGGGACUAGGAGGAGGAAGAGGAAGAAAAUGAAAGAAAAGAAUCCAUCACUUCUGUUUGAAUGAGAAAGGGUAUGUAAUGUAACAGCCCAAUUCACUAAGUUUACACGAUUUUGAAUUAAGUCACCAAAGUUUUAAGACUUGUUUAUUUAUCUACCUAAUAUUUCUUCCAUAUUUUGCCCGAUAUGAGAUUUAAUUUUGCUAAAAUCUUAGAGUACUAAGUUAAUGAAGUGGGACCUAAUUCUCAGCUCUACUAAUCCCAUAAUGUAGCCGCUAAAUGACACUGGAGUAACUGGUACUUCAGUACAGCUGGAUGUUGUCUUCUUCUUGGUUGGAAGAAAAGCAUAACAGGAAAAGGAAAGGAUUUCAUGUGAUGGACAGUUAAAAAGUAGGUUGGGAAGCAAAGCACAUGACUAUUACUCCUUUUGAAAGAGUGAAAUGGUCAUUUGUGGGGAAAAGAUGGAAGCUUUGAAUCAGAGAUCUCUUGAAAGAGUUGUUUCACAGAGGGCUAUGCAAAUGGGAAGCUCAUUUCCAUGUCGAAUUUGUGUGGUUGGAUUUCUCUGUGGUGUUUGCCUCACCUCUUUAUUUCUUGCUGCUCUUACUUCAUUUGGUGCUUUUCAGUUUGGUGGCCUUUCUUUUUCAGCUUUUUCAUCUGGUAUUUCAACAUCCAAUUCUACUUCCACAAGCAUAAUAAGUGGAGACUGCGAUGUUAAACAAAAGAACUCGGAAAGGUUGUUUUUUCCCCAGGAAAAAAUUGCAUUGGGGGUAGAUGAGAGGGUGUCAUUACUGUACUCAUCUUGGAGUAACUUACUGACUAAAUCAGCAAAUGAAGACAAUCGUCUGGGUAAAUCCAAGUUACCAAAAGCACCUCACUUUGAGGACUGCAAGCUGAGUGCAGAAACAAAUAAACGACUUGAUACCCGAGUUCGAAAUGACAGUUUCCCUCCAUGGACUAUAUGGAAGGGACAAUUAGAUAACUUCCUUUUGACAGCAGAAGACGAGAAGCUGCGGUAUCAUAGGCAUCAAACAGUAUCUGAAGGAGCUUAUCCUCCCUGGAUCAAGGGGUCAGAUGAAGAGAACUACCCCUUAACAAGGAAGGUGCAACGUGAUAUAUGGCUCCAUCAGCAUCCUUUGAACUGCGGUGAUGGAAAUGUGAAAUUUCUGAUAGCUGACUGGGAGAGAAUACCUGGGUUUGGUAUUGGUGCCCAGAUAGCCGGAAUGUGUGGUCUUCUUGCAAUAGCAAUCAAUGAGAAAAGGGUCCUUGUUACGAGCUAUUAUAAUCGUGCUGAUCAUGAUGGUUGUAAAGGUUCGUCACGCUCCAGUUGGUCUUGCUACUUCUUUCCAGAAACAUCCCAGGAAUGCAGAUAUCGUGCUUUUGAGCUUAUGAAACAAAAAGAAGCAUGGGAAAAAGGGAUCAUAACGAUAAAAGAAAACUAUACUUCUAAGGAGAUAUGGUCUGGACACACUCCAAGGUCAUGGGGCAAACCUUGGAGUUAUUUGCAGCCAACAACAGAUAUAAAUGGAACUCUAAUUGCUUAUCAUCGCAAAAUGGAUAGGAGGUGGUGGCGAGCUCAGGCAGUGCGCUACCUAAUGCGAUUUCAGACUGAGUACACAUGCGACUUGCUAAACCAUGCACGACAUGCAGCAUUUGGCUGGGAAGCAGCGAAAAUGGUUCUUGAAAGUCCACUUAGAGAUUUUUCAGAGGGAGUAGAAAAGGCCGGACAUGACAUUGCAAAAUUUGUAUGGUCAAGUCAUAAACCUUGGAUUCCUAGGCCAAUGCUGAGCAUGCAUGUCCGGAUGGGCGACAAGGCAUGUGAGAUGAAGGUUGUAGGGUUCAAAGAAUACAUGCAUCUCGCUGAGCGCAUAAGAGAGCACUUCCCUAAUCUUAAGAGCAUCUGGCUUUCAACAGAAAUGCAGGAAGUUGUGGAUCAAUCGAGACUGUACCAGCAUUGGAAGUUCUACUACACAAAUGUGACACGCCAAAUGGGUAACAUGACAAUGGCAAAUUAUGAAGCCAGUCUUGGCAGGGAGACGAGCACGAAUUAUCCUCUUGUUAAUUUUUUGUUGGCAACUGAAGAUGAUUUCUUCAUUGGAGCAUUGGGUUCCACAUGGUGUUUCCUCAUAGAUGGUAUGAGGAAUACCGGAGGAAAAGUCAUGUCUGGUUACUUGAGUGUUAACAAGGAUCGAUUUUGGUAGCUACACAGCGAAGCUUCUAAGCAAUUAUUCUGGGGACAAAAUCUCGGAUAAACCUGGAAACAUAACCUUUAACUCUAAGCCAAAAGAUUUUGGUCCAAAAUGCUCCCUGCUUUCUUACCUGAUGAUCGUGUUGAUAGUCUAGAUGAAGAGCUGAUGCAUAAGAAAAAUACUCGGAUGCUACCAGAUGAGUUCUGAUUAUGAGCAGACAGGGAGCAGCAUCUUACCUGUAAAUUAUU